GACACGCGUCUGGUCCCCGGGGAGACAUCAAAUAACUUCCUGUCCUGCCCCUCGCUGUCUUCCUUCUUCCUUGUCUUCUCUCCCAACCUUCUCUUCCUUUCCCUAUCCAAGGGUUCUUCUUGUGCUCUCGUCUUAACACUGUUCCGUCAUUUACUGGUCCUUUGCCACUUGACGGAUCGAAGUUAAGAUACCCUUUUGGAUUCUCUCUAAUACCACCUCGUCGUCUCGAGAUAUAUAAGACGUCAAGAUGUUCGUCUACAAGAGAGAUGGGCGCAAGGAGCGUGUACAAUUCGAUAAGAUCACGGCCCGUGUGUCAAGGCUCUGUUACGGUCUCGACCCGGAGCACGUCGAUGCUGCUGCUAUCACCCAGAAGGUCAUUUCUGGUGUCUACCAGGGUGUGACCACUGUUGAGCUGGAUAACUUGGCUGCUGAAACCGCCGCUUAUAUGACCGUCACACACCCAGACUAUGCUAUCCUCGCUGCGCGUAUAGCCGUGUCCAACCUCCACAAGCAGACCAAGAAGCAGUUCUCUCUGGUCAUCCAGGACCUUUACCACUAUGUCAACCCGAAGAAUAAUAAGCCGGCGCCGAUGAUAUCGAAAGAAACGUAUGAAAUCAUUAUGAAGCAUGCGGAUGAAUUGAACUCCGCUAUUGUCUAUGACCGUGAUUUCAACUACCAAUACUUCGGAUUCAAGACUCUGGAACGAUCGUAUCUGCUCCGCAUCAAUGGAAAGGUUGCUGAGCGUCCUCAGCACAUGAUUAUGCGUGUUGCGGUCGGAAUCCACGGUGAUGACCUCGAGAAGGUUAUCGAGACCUACAAUCUGAUGUCCCAGAAAUACUUCACUCACGCCUCGCCGACUCUGUUCAAUGCCGGUACUCCUCAGCCGCAGCUGGCCUCCUGCUUCCUUAUCGAUAUGAAGGAGGACAGCAUUGAGGGUAUCUAUGACACCUUGAAGACUUGUGCCAUGAUCUCCAAGACUGCGGGUGGUAUUGGUCUCAACGUCCACCGUAUCCGUGCUACAGGUUCUUACAUCGGUGGUACUAACGGAACUUCCAACGGGCUUGUCCCUAUGCUUCGAGUGUUCAACAACACUGCAAGAUACGUUGACCAGGGCGGAAACAAGCGCCCUGGUGCUUUCGCUAUCUACCUGGAGCCCUGGCACUCCGACAUCUUUGAGUUCUUGGACCUUCGCAAGAACCACGGUAAGGAAGAGGUCAGAGCACGUGACCUCUUCUAUGCCCUCUGGACUCCCGAUCUCUUCAUGAAGCGUGUUGAGUCUAACGGUGACUGGACCCUAUUCUGCCCGAACGAGGCUCCCGGUCUUUCUGAUGUCUAUGGCGAUGAGUUUGAGGCUCUGUACCACAAGUAUGAGCAGGAAGGCAGAGGUCGUCGCACCAUCAAGGCUCAGAAGCUCUGGUAUGCCAUUCUCGAGGCCCAGACUGAGACCGGUAACCCCUUCAUGCUGUACAAGGAUGCGUGCAACAAGAAGAGCAACCAGAAGAACCUGGGUACUAUCCGCAGCUCUAACCUCUGCACUGAGAUCAUCGAGUACACUGCCCCCGAUGAGGUCGCCGUUUGCAACUUGGCCUCUCUUGCUCUGCCCACUUUCGUUGAUGCUGCUCGUGGCGAGUACGACUUUGGCAGACUCCACGAAGUCACCCAGGUUGUGGUUCGCAACCUGAACAAGAUUAUCGACAUCAACUACUACCCCGUUCCUGAGGCCAAGAAGAGCAACUUGCGCCACCGCCCCAUUGCCGUUGGUGUUAACGGUCUUGCUGAUGCCUUCCUGGCUCUCCGUCUGCCGUUCGACUCUCCGGAGGCCAAGCAGCUCAACAUCCAGAUCUUUGAGACCAUCUACCACGGUGCUUUGACUGCAUCCGUCGAACUUGCCAAGGAGCAGGGCACAUACUCCUCUUAUGAAGGCUCUCCCAUCUCUCAGGGCAUCCUUCAGUACGACAUGUGGGACAAGACCCCUACUGACCUUUGGGACUGGAGUUCACUGAAGGCGGAGAUUGCCAAGCAUGGUGUCCGCAACAGCUUGCUCGUUGCUCCCAUGCCCACGGCCAGUACCAGUCAGAUCCUGGGCUUCAACGAAUGCUUUGAACCAUACACUUCGAACAUCUACUCUCGUCGCGUCCUUGCGGGAGAGUUCCAGGUCGUUAACCCUUGGUUGCUGAAGGAUCUCGUCGACCUCGGCUUGUGGUCUGACAACAUGAAGAACCGCAUCAUUGCCGAGGGAGGUUCCGUCCAGAACAUCCCCAACAUUCCUGCCGACAUCAAGGCUCUGUACAAGACUGUGUGGGAAAUCUCUCAGCGUACCAUCCUUCAGAUGGCUGCAGACCGUGGCGCGUACAUUGACCAGUCUCAGUCCCUUAACAUCCACAUGAGGGAGCCUACUAUGGGCAAGAUCACCAGUAUGCACUUCGCUGGAUGGAAGAUGGGUCUGAAGACCGGCAUGUACUACCUUCGCACUAUGGCUGCUUCUGCUCCUAUCCAGUUCACCGUCGACCAGGAACAGCUUAAGGUUGCCGACACUAAUGUUGCACGGACCAACAACAUCAAGAGGCGGCCUGGUGCUGGGUCCUCCGGUUCCUACUCGGCGGUCCCACGUCCGAUGUAUGAUCAGAAGCAGCCAAACACCCCUGCUCCAGCUGUGAAUGGCAGUUCGGAGCCCCUCCCGCCCUUCUCCCAGCAGUCCAGUGUCCGUGACAGCCCGCGUACCAUUGCUGCUGAGCCAGCAUCUUCUCCCGACCACGACGAGGAGCUGCCAGCACCUGCAGUGAACGGCAAGAGCAGCCAGGAAGAAGAUGGGGACGAGAGCCAAGAGCGCGAGAAUGACAUCUACUCCCAGAAGGUCCUCCAGUGCAGCAUUGAGAACAAGGAGGCUUGCAUUAUGUGCAGCGGCUAAACAGGAAAUAUAUCAUCCUAUCUUGGUCGUUUGCCUUCUUGGGCGCGUUGCUUUGCUGGGUUUUGGAUCUGCAUGUUGACGAAUUUGAUGGUUUACUGGUUUUCUUUCCCUGUUUGUCACCGAUGUUAUGAACUGCAAAAAUUUCCCCACGUAUAUGCCCCGACAUCCUGUCAGAGUCUUGCAUUAUGUAUGUAUCUUAUGGUAGUUAUGGUGUCAUGGUUUUCCUAGAAUAUAAUUCAGAAGUUCUACAUUAGCC